GAUCAAAUUAUUUGUUUCGCGCACACGUUUGCCGACCAAAAUAAAACAUAUUUCAACAACUCUUGAAAGUACGGAUUAGAGCCAUGGCGGAAAGUGCCAAAGCAUCAACAUCUGCCGUUGACAUCAAUUUGGAAGGAUUGUCUAUUACCGAAGGCAUACGCGAUGCUCCUGUUUGCAUUAUAGUCCUGGGAAUGGCCGGCUCCGGCAAAACCACCUUCACCCGCAGCCUGAUCGAACAUUCGAGCCAAGGGGGCUUCAAUCCGUAUGUGGUUAAUCUGGAUCCUGCCUGCCGAGAGGUGCCCUAUGCAGCCCAUAUCGAUAUACGCGACACAGUCAACUAUAAGGAGGUAAUGAAGCAAUAUCAAUUGGGCCCUAAUGGCGGAAUUGUCACCGCAUUGAACAUGUUCACCACCAAAAUGGCCAAAUUUGCUGAACUGGUGCGACGAGCUGGCGAACGUGGACACAAAUGGUGUAUUAUUGACACACCUGGACAAAUUGAGGUAUUCACUUGGUCGGCAUCGGGUAACAUUAUCACCGAAGGAUUGGCCACCAUGUUCCCAACGAUAAUUGUCUAUGUAAUGGAUGUGGUUAGAUCGGCAUGUCCCACCACAUUUAUGUCCAAUAUGCUCUACGCCUGUUCCAUAUUAUACAAGACGAGAUUGCCUUUCCUUGUGGCUCUCAAUAAGAUUGACCUUAAGGAUUGCAGUUUUGUCCAAGAGUGGAUGACCGACUUUGAGGCUUAUCAAGAUGCGUUGGAACAGGAGCAAAGUUUUGUCAACAAUCUAACACGUACCAUGUCUCUCACAUUAGACACCUUCUAUGAGAAUCUAACCACCUGUGGAGUCUCUGCUAAGACCGGAGUGGGUUUUGCGCAGCUCAUUAAACAUUUACUCAAUUUGGUUGUGGAAUAUGACAAGGACUAUAGGCCAGUCUAUGAGAAGAUGCGAACAGAGCGUCUAGCCGAACAGCAGCAACCGCCAGCUAGCAAUACGGAUGAAGCUGGCUCUGUAAUUCAAUUGGGUUUGGAUCUAAAAGACCCGACGCCAAAUCAAAACGAUAACAGCGUAUUCCUCAUGGCCCCAGGACUGGUGCCACAAAAUGUUGAACAGAACGAUACGGAGGAUAUGGAAGAUGAUGGCAAAACGGAUUUAGAAGAACAAAAUUUUCAAACAUUCGUUCAUAAUCGUAUGUCAUCUCAGCAAAACAAACGCGAUAAACUGAUUCAAGAGCAACAGCAGUCAAAGACUACAUAAAUAAACCCAAUUUAGAAAUAGAUUUACAUAAAUUGAA